CUCGGAGAAGGAAGAGGUCAAAAUGAUUGCACUCAAGGUUCUCGUUGUGAUGGCUUUAGGCUUUGCUCUUUCUCACGCACAAGAUAAUCUGACGAAUUACGGAAAAUGGUGCGGGAAGGCAAGAACUGGUAUCUGGCCCUGGGUGAAACCAGGGUACUGUAAAUGUGAUGACCCAAAGGAAACAUGCAGAAAGAACUACCCCCCAAGGGACGACCUUGACUCGGCUUGCUUAGAUCACGAUUACUGUGCACAAUGCGAUAACACACACAACUUCUUCCGAUUCUGUCACUGCGAGAAGGGGCUGGUUGAAAAUACUGCGGCGGCGAAGUGCGUGACCGACCAAUGUAGGGGGUUCCGGGACCGACUCCUUGCAAUGUUCCAUGAGAUACCGUGUUACUGCAAGCCACGGGGCAAGAUCUGCAAGACGUGGUGGUUUGUCGGAGAUAACGAUUAUUGCUUGGUGAAAAACUAUAGGGAGUGCAAAUAGAAGUAAAUGCCACUUGACAUUAGGGGACUAUAGGCUGACUGGGCUGCGGGGCUGCGGGGCUAGGGGUCCAGUCCGCCGGGUCCGGUCUGCAGGUUGCUCAACAUGUUGAGUAACAAACUUUAUCACCGGUAGGUAGCAGUAGCCGUUAGUGAUCUGACACACAAUGCAUUUCCAGCCCAUGUCAAACCCGUGUCAAUUUCACCCACAAGAGGUUCUGUAUUGCAUUGGCCCGCUAACUACUGCUGCCACCUUUUGGCAUUAAAAGGCCCUCUUGGUUCUGGUUGACAUCGCCACAGAAACUGGUAGGCUGGAUAAGUGCUGAUGUAUGUGAGACAGUGGAGACGCCUAUUGGUGAUUUAAAAAAACUGGGCCU